CACCGCUCUGCGCAGCUCAAGUUAAAGGCUAGCGAUCCUCACCGGGACACUUCAGGGAAAGCUAAACUUCAUUUUUAAAGAUAAGCAAUGAGCUGUUUUAACGCAUGAACUCCAACAGUCGGCUUUAAAGACGGUUGAAGCUUCAUAUGCUUAGAAAUUACUGAAGACUUUGUGCAGCGACGAUUGCGCACGACGCACAGGGACAGAUCAUGCACUGUCAAGCCGAGUUGAGGCUCUCCUCCCCUGGGCAGCUGAAAGCUGCCAGGCGGCGCUACAAGACUUUCAUGAUUGACGAGAUCCUCUCGAAGGAGACAUGUGAUUAUUUUGAGAAACUCUCUCUCUACUCGGUGUGUCCUUCACUCAUUGUUCGACCAAAGCCUCUUCAUUCGUGUUCGGGCUCCUCGUCACUACGUGCCUACCCGCUCCUCUCAGUGAUCACGAGGCAGCCGCCCAACCUGCCUGCUCACGUCCCGCAGCCGUCCUCUCCGGGCGCUGCCCAUCCACAUCUGCCACUGCUUUCCCCACAGCAUCCCAGAGGCUCCGAGCUGUCACCCAGCCAGACGCCCCUCAGUAUCAGCAGCGAGUCGGAGACUGAGCGCAGCACACCCCGCCUGAAGAAGCCACGUCGCAGCCGUACUAUUUUUACUGAGCUGCAACUGAUGGGCCUGGAGAAGAAGUUCCAGAAGCAGAAGUACUUGUCCACUCCUGAUAGGUUAGACUUGGCACAGUCGCUUGGUCUCACACAGCUUCAGGUGAAGACAUGGUACCAAAACAGGCGUAUGAAGUGGAAGAAAAUGGUGCUCAAAGGAGGUCACGAGGCUCCGACUAAGCCCAAGGGAAGACCCAAGAAGAACUCCAUUCCCACCACGGAGGAAAUAGAGGCUGAAGAGCGGCGACUGAAAAUUGAAGAAGAGGAGAGGAUGAGGAGAUUAGCUGAGAAAGCAGCGGUGGUGCAGAGUGGAGGAGAAGCACCCCAACUGGAACCUCAAGAUCUCAGUUCGGAAAGUCACAAUCCAGCCGGAGCAGUGGAGGGAUCCGAGCGAGAGCUGCCACUCCUUGUGUCAGAAACUCACACAGCCAGCUAAGCAAGAACAAACCAAAGACUAAUGCCAACCUGAAAACAAAUAGUGCCUCAGGAUCACUGUAAAAAAGCCUGUGUGGUGUUAAGAGCCAGUUGCUUUAGCUAUAUCGUCGGCUUCACGUUAGUGGCCUAGAGCUUUUACCCAGUGUAGCAUUGAGUUUUUCGUUCACUGGAAAUUGUGCCAUACUGAGAGCAAAUCUCCAUAAAUACUGAUUGCACUGGUAAACCUUUUGCCUUCAGCCUGCAGCGUAAGGAGUAGUAAUCAAAAAAAAAAAAAAAGGUCGGUCCGGCCUUAACGUGUAUCUCAGCAGUCAUCGUUGGUGCCAAAAUAUCAACCAAUGCCUUAUUAAAAGGUGUCUAUGAAUCUUUGUAUUAUACAUUACUUCACUGCCAAAACUCUGUAAUAUGAAACGGUUACAGUGCCUUCUUGGUCUCAGAGGAAAGCUUUUUAAAUAAAAUAAUAUCAAAUGCAGUAUAUUUUUUAUAAUCAUUUCUAACUGUAAGUGCCAUAUUUCGAGACGGAUUUGUAAAGUUUAGACAAGAAGACCUCUAUUUUUUAGUUUGGAGUCAGAUUGUAGAGCUCUGGUUAUUAUUUGCUCAUAUAAGCUUGCAUUUUUAUUUUGUUUUUUCAAAGAUCAAAGGAAAUGUUUCCCCCAAGCCAUACACUGUAUCAUACAAUAGAAACAUGUAGAAAACAUAUGGUCUCUCAAAUAUAUACACGUAUGAACAAGUAUAUAAACUGCUGUUUUUUAAU